UAAUCCAAAAAUCUGCCUAGCCAUUGCUUCACUGCCAUCUCUUAAAAAUUUUCCUAUUUAUUUAUCGAAAAAAUGGCUUCAUUUUCAUUCUCCGCCGCUUUAUCUCGUCUCUCUCUCUUUCACCUCUCUAGAAAACCCUGCAUUUCACCUUCUUCACUCCCAUUUUCUUAUAUCUCGAAACCCCAUAAACCAAAGGAUCGAACCCAUUUCAGAUUGUAUUCAAUGGCAUCAUCGGACUUGAAAGAAUCAGCUGCCAAUAACCCUGGGCUUCAUACUACCCCUGAUGAAGCUACCAAAGACUACAUCAUGCAGCAAACUAUGUUUCGAAUUAAGGAUCCAAAAGCCAGUCUUGAUUUUUACUCUCGUGUGUUGGGCAUGUCGCUGCUUAAGAGAGUGGAUGUUCCAGAAUUGAAGUUUACCUUGUACUUUAUGGGCUAUGAGGAUGUUUCCAAAGCUCCAAGUGAUCCAUACGGUAGAACAGUUUGGACCUUUGGAAGGGCAGCUACCAUUGAAUUAACACAUAAUUGGGGUACUGAAAGUGACCCUGAGUUCAAAGGAUAUCACACCGGGAAUUCAGAACCUCGUGGCUUUGGUCAUAUUGGCAUCACGGUGGAUGAUGUGAAUAAGGCAUGCGAGAGAUUUGAACGCCUGGGAGUAGAAUUUGUCAAGAAAUUAGAUGCAGGCAAGAUGAAAGGGAUUGCAUUCAUUAAGGAUCCUGAUGGUUACUGGAUUGAAAUCUUUGAUUUGAAAACCAUCGGAGAUGUUAUUAGCCGUUGUUCCUGAGUUAAGCACAUCUUGAAGCUUGCUCAGGAAACAAGGAUGGCUUGUGAAGGUUUUAUCUCAUUGUCUUGGUUUCAGAGUAUGGUCUAUAUUGGUCGUAGUCGAGACAGAAAUUAGGCAUAUGGAGUUUUAGACCAAAGAAAAAAAAGGCCUGUGGAGUUUUUGUUAAAGCAUAUUGUAUUGCUGUGUGUGUUUCUUAUGAUAUUUCAAACAGUCAUGCGGAUUGUUGUCAUGGUAAUGGACAGUAUCAUUUAUCUCUGCUCCA